AUGGAGAAACCCUCAGAGACAGGAGUCAGUGGAUGUGCACAGAGGACUUCCGUUUGCUCAUUUCACCUCAAAGACCUUGGAGUUUGUUCAUGCUCACCAGUUUCAUUGUUGCAUGUCCUAUGCACAAUGGACACAGCAAGGAUCUACCUCAGUUUAAAACCACCCAGGACUCCGGGGCCUCAGCGUGUAUCAUCCCGGUCUCUUCCCCCAGAUGCCUGUCGGUGCCCAUGUUCACACAGGUUGGCUCUGAAGCUCAGUUGUGCUGGGCUCAUCCUCCUUUUCCUGACCCUGAUUGGGAUGAGUGUCUUAGUGGGAGUCUUAAUACAAAAAACAUCAAUAGAAAAAUGCCCCGUGUAUUUUCAAGAGAACCGGAACAAAACAAGAGAUUGUCCAGCUGAGUUAGAGUGUCCACAAGACUGGCUUUCACACCGAGAUAAAUGCUUUCAUGUUUCUCAAGUUUCCAACACUUGGAAGGAAGGUCAAGCUGACUGUUAUAGGAGAGGAGCCACUUUGCUGCUCAUUCAAGACCAAGAAGAACUGAGAUUCCUACAGGACUUGGCAAAGGAAAAUUCAUUUUGGAUUGGACUAAGUUACACAGACAUAAACUGGAUGUGGAUAAAUGGCUCGACUUUAAAUUCUGAUGUAUUAAAAAUCACUGGUGAUGAUAUAAAGAAUAGCUGUGCCACCAUCUCAAUGGACAAAGUGUUUUCUGAGAGCUGUGAUUCAGAUGGAUGUUGGAUCUGCCAAAAGGAACUAAAACUCGAAACCAUAUUUCAUGACUCCUGA